GCUCUGCCUAAGGCGACCUACUUCCGGCGAGCCUCCGCUCCGCGCGCCCGCACCCGGGCUUUCUCCCUUCCCAGCAGCCCUCGCGCCCGGCAGGGUUUUGCGGACACCGGGACUGCAAGAUGGCGUCGCUCGUGCCACUGAAGGAUAAGAAGCUCAUGGAGGUUAAACUUGGAGAGCUGCCAAGCUGGAUAAUGAUGCGGAAUUUCACCCCCAGCGGCAUAGUGGGGGCCUUUCAGAGAGGUUCUGACCGGUAUUACAACAAGUACAUCAACGUGCGGAAAGGCAGCAUCUCGGGGAUUAACAUGGUGCUGGCAGCCUACGUGGUUUUCAGCUACUGCCUUUCUUACAAGGAACUCAAACAUGAACGGCGACGCAAGUACCACUGAAGAAGGGUCACUGUGGAGGGCACUGCACACCGGAGCACAGCCGCCUGCCCCACUCCCAUCCAGGAAUCCAACUGUGGCUGAGGCUUCGUGUCAUAAGAACUAGUGUCCAAUAAAAGGUGAUUGGCUCAUGCA